AUGCCUAUCAUCAUAUUAUAUGCCUUAGGAGCAAUAAAUGAAAUGCAAAAUAUUUCCUACAUUACUGUAUAAACAACACAACAGGUUUUCAGCAGUUCAUCUGAAAAUAAUAUUUUAAGAGCGAUUUCAAGACCUAAUACUUAUUUAACUCGGAAUGCCAUUCUCUCCUAUAUAAUAACUGGCUAUUUAUGUAUUUUUUUCAUAUGUUGCUUUAUAUUCAUUUAUAUGAUGAAAAUUAGAUCCGCUGAUACGUUUAUUAAAUUAUCAUAAGCAUUUAAUAAAAAUAUUAGUUAGAAGAUACUAAUGAAAUACAUAAACAUAUCAAUUAAUUUGAUAAAAUAUGGUUUCGGAAUUAUGGCAAUCGAAAUAUGUUUAUAAAAUAUCAAAGCAAACUUCGAUGAUGAUUUUCAGAUAGCAUUAAAUGUAAUAAAUAUAAUUACUAUACUAAUAACUCUUGUUUUUUUAACAUAUAUGUUCACUUAUAAUUGGGCUUUAGAUUUUAAAAGAGAACAUUUGUCGAUCAAUGAUUCCAUACUAACGUAUAUUAGAAUACUUAUAAAACUCUUUUAAAUGAUUAUUUUGUAUUUUUCGGAAUAACGCAGUAUAUACCUUGAUUAUUUUCAGAUACUAUUGCCAAUGAUAUCAGCGAUUUUGUUGAUCUACUAAAUCUAAAUUCAGAAAUUGUUAAUUUAUGGAGUUUAUUUUUAAAUAAUUUUGAUAAUAACCAUUAUGACUUUGGUGAUAAGUUUUCAGUGUUUGUUUCAACUAAUUUUUAUUAACUAUCAAUUUAAAUCGUUGUGGAUUCUGCUAUCGAUUAUACCUUAUAGGGUUUUUGUUUAUUAUAUAAAAAGAGAUCUAAUUAACAAUUUCAUCAAUUUCUUAUCGGUCAACCUUAAAAAUUGCAAUCACAUUGUAUUUUAAAUAAUAUAUGGCAUGAGUGAAGGCAGAUAAAUUUUUCAAUCAGAUAUGAUAUUUUUAAUGUUUCUAUAGAAACAUUCUGUAAUCUGCAAAGAUUGUAAAUGUAAGUGCAGAUUAAGACUCUAAGAGAAACAAUUUUAAGCUGUCUCAUAUGAAGUAUUCUUUAAGGAACUGUUAUUCAAAUAUUAAUAACAAUUAUCUUAAAGAGUCGUUUCAGAAUCAUUAAUUUUCAGUUAUCUAUAAUUGCUAUUCUUUUAAAAGAAAUACCUUCUAGUUUAUCGUUAUUUUAGAAUAAUAUUUGAAACAACAACGAAGUCAUAAGAAAAUCUGAAAUUGGAAACCAAUAGACCUACUAUUAAAAUCAACUCAUUAAGCAAGCUUCUUAUUUUAAAAGUUGCUUAAGAUCUUCAAAGGCUUGAUAUAUAAAAUCAGUUUCAAAGAUAAAAAGCAGCAUUAAAGGUUGAUUCUUUGUAGAAUCACCUUAGUAUUUAAGAAUAUUUAAAGAUUACAAAAUAAAACGAAUUUAUUAAAUAGAGCCUAUCAAAUGUCAUAGAUACAAAAAUUGAAUUUUUUCAAUGUUUAAAUCAGAAACAUCAAUCAAAAAACUUAGAGUAAAUUGCAUUAAAAUCAAUAUAAACAUAGAUGGAAGGAUUAAAAAUAAUCAAAGCUUCGUUUUAAUCAACUCAAACCCAAAGAUAUUCUAAUAUUCUAAGGUUUUAUUACAUGGAAGUAUUAAAUGAUUUAAUCUCUGCUUAGUCCAUCGUUUCUCCUUAGAAUACCGAGGAUGAAUAUGUAAUAAAAACAAUUCACUCGAAUUUUUAAAAUCAAUUGUCCUAUAUGACUGUAGCUAUUUAAGAUUUAGAUAAUAUUUAGAUAAUUAAGCAUAAGUAUAAUUAAUAAGAUUAAUAAACAGAAUUAGUUUAAUUAAGCUUUGAUUAAAUGAUACCCAAUUAUAUGAAAUUAAUCCACUCCCCUUUAAUUGAGAAGUUUAUCUCAGGUAUGGAGAAUAAAUUCUUUUAAUAACUUAACUAAGCUUACAUUGAAUAUUCAUCAGGUCUAUGCAAGAGAAUAGAAUUAAUUAUGGAUUUAAGCCAAUUAAAUUUAUAAUCAAUAGAAAUGAUUUUGUUCUUUCAAAAACAAAAUGAAAGUACUUACAGUAUCUUUUUAGAUGAAAAUAAAUAAAUUGUUAAUAUAGAGGAAGAACUAUUUUGCAAAAUAUUUGACAUCGAUACAAGAUUUGCUAAAUAGUUAAAUGGCAUUGAUAUCAGUGUACUUUUUGAAAAUUUCGCUUCUAUUAAAUUCAAUGAGAAGCACUUCUCAUAGUUUUUUCGUUUCUUCGAUUAAAGGAAGUUAAACCACUAGAGUUAAAGAAAUUAAGAGAAUUCAUUACUCACAAAGAUGGAGAUGAUUUUAUAUAAAUGCGAUCUCGAAGUAAUGGAAAGAUAAAUGAUAUUGGGGACUGUUAUUUAUUAACUAAAUUUGUCUAAUAUCAAAAAAAUCAACAAAAGUGAUGAGAUUGGAAUAGAAAAUUAACAGCAAUAAAAUGCUUCUCAUGGAUUUGAUGAAUUAAUUAAUACCAACAAACAUUUUGAUUUUAAUUCAAAAUUUAUCCACAAUAAGUUAAUUAGUUAAUAAAAUAAUAAUAAGCCAGAGAGAAUAACAUAAGAUGAAAUUCUCAAUAAUAAUUUCUAAUAAAAUGAUAUCUUGUUUACUCCAAAGAUAGAUGAGGAACAUUAUAUUUUAAGCCAAGAGGGAGAUUAAAAAACUGUCUAAAAAUUAUAUGAAAACAAAUAGAAAUCUGAGGCUGCUUCAAGAUAAUCAUCUUUAUCAGCUGUCUAAAAGUCAUAGUAUCACAGGUAAUUUUCAUUGGUUUAUAAUUUAUCAACUUGUAGAAAAUCACCAAAGAUUUUCUUAAGAAAAACAAUUUAGAGAUUGCUUUACUUAAUUAUAUCAAUUAUUGGAUUUAUAUUACAUCUUUAAGUGGUUAGCAAUUUUGAUCUUCUUUUAAGUGAUUUCAAAUUACUUAGUUUUAAAAACAGUAUCUUUUAUCCAAUAUCAACUUCUACUCUAAUUAGAUUUUCGAUAAUUAAUUACAAUGUUGAAUUAUACAUUAAUUUAAUUACAAAAAAGUAGUGGUCAGAGUAUUUAGAAUAUCCUAAUUCCAAAAUUUUAGAAAGCUACGAUAAACUAAAAUAAGAAAUCUCAGAUUUAUUAGAACAAUAAUUAUUUUUCACACAUUACUCUAGAAUCUCUUUGUAAUUGGAAUUCUUAGAGUAUGGAAAUAAGGGGAUUUAAGAGGAAUUAAAUUUAAGAAACAGUUUAGUCACCUUAUUAAAUUAUUAAUAUGAUUCUAAAGUCGUCUAUAGUAAUGGAGGAACGGCUGAUUCAAAGAGUCCUUAUUUUUUUUAUGUCUAUAAAAACUUUAAUUUGCUAUUAUAAACUUUUGAGAAAGUUGAUACAGGGGCCUUACUUUCACUUUAAUCAGACUCUCAGUAUUAUCAAAGUUAAUUAUUAAAUAUUAUGAUAUACACUCUACUCUUAAUGAGUAUCAUGCAAAUAUUGAUCUCAAUUUCUCAUUAUUCGUAUUGUUUAUAAAAAGAAGAAUUAAAAAUACUAUUAUUUAAUUAAGAACACACUUAUAUUAUUUCAGACAUUCAGAGAUUACAUAAUCUUAAGGAGUUAAUUAUGCGAGACUUCACUUAAAUUCUACAAUAUCAAUUUAAUUUUUAAGAUAAAGACACAUAUUUUUAAAAUUUAAAAUUGUUGAUUUCCAAAUCUAGUUAAAAAAAGAAAAAAGUAAUAUUACCAAUAGACUUUUUCAAUAUUAAAUCAUACUUGCUUAUUAUAUCUCAUUUUUUAAUCCUAUUGGCAAUAUACAUAGGAUUAUAAAUAGAGUUGGGAUAUGCAUAUAAUGAAAUUCGGAAUGCUGCCGAAUUUUAUUAAUCACUUACGAGAUUGAAUACCAAUAUUUUAGUUAUGUAUUCAUCAAGAGAAGUCUUGUAUUAUAAAUAAACCUUUACUUUUUUCACUUAAACAGACAUAGAUUAAUAUCAUAACAAUUGUGAAUAAGGUAUCAACGAGUUGGAGGAUUACGUUACUAAUUUAUGGAAUUAUUAAUCUAAUUCUUAUAUUAUUGAUAAGGAUUUUAAUCCGCUUUUCAGUAAAUUCAGUGAAGGGAAUCUUUGCAAUUACUUGGAUGAAAUUAACCAAAAUUCAACAGUAUGUAACAGCUCCCUUUUUGGCAAUUUACAAAAAGGAUUGACUUCAACCAUAAUAAAUAUCAAGAAUACCUUUAGAUCAGAGUUUGAAUCAACAAAUUUUACAAAUAGAACUUUAUUUCCAAUAUAAGAAUUAGAGGGCAUUAUUAUAAUCAGUUAAGCAUUUUAAUAUCUAAUAGAGAGUUUUUACGAACUCAUGUAAGAGUAAUGUUUGUACCUUAUUUUUUUUUAUAAUGUAAAGUUUCAACAUAUUUUAAAUAGAUGUUUAUUAUAAUUUUUUUGGUGUUUGGUGUGUUAUAUGGAUUGGUAUUACUGA